AUGCUUGCCUCCCACGGUCGCGGCGGUGCCGGCAACAUGGCCGACAGCACCAAGUCGCCAAAGGUCACCCCCAAGGACCUCGAGACACCAACUCUCAAGACCUCGGUCGUCACCACCGGCCGCGGUGGCUCUGGCAACAUGGCCAAGAACGCUGACCCCUAUGAGACACGUCUGCGCCAGGAUGUAGAAGCUGUCCCCCGCCGCGAGAGCACCUCCGGCUCCCACUUCGGCCGCGGCGGCGCCGCCAACGUUUUCAAGUCGGGCUCGGAGGAGGAGGCCGCCGCGCAAAAGGCCAAGCUCGACGGCGCCGCUGCCGUCGUCGACGACGAAGAAUCUUCGCUCCGCAAGACGCCCUCGCCCACCGCUGGUCGUCGCAGCCCGGAGGACGGCGCCAACGGCCUCGCUGCCAAGGGAAAGCAGUGGCUUAACAACCUGACCAAGAAAGCAUGA